UGUGUGUUGGUUUGUUUGUGUGACUCUGGGUGGGUGUGGUAGUCAUUCAGAUUGGGCCGAUAUCGGUGUGGUUAAUGUGUGUGGGUGGAUAGAUGUUUCCUGUGCACAUGUGACUGUGCAUGUUUGUGUGUAUGUGUGUGUGUGAUUGCGUGUGUGUGUGUGUAUGUGUGUUUGUCUGUGUUGUGUGGGUGUUUGUGUUGUGUGUUGUGUAUAGGUGUUGUGUGUUUGUGUGUGUAUGUGUGUGUGUGUGUGUGUGUGUGUGUGUGUGUGUGUGUGUUUGUGUUGUGUCAUCUCUGUAUCUGCCGAGGCCGCAGUUGAGCAAAGGAAGUGCAGAUGAAUGUGAAAGAAUGGCAGUGUUUCCGGUGUGAGCUGUCGAAAGAGGAAGAACCCUUCUGAGGCGAGUUUCUCCUCCGUGUCGCUCUUGCCCUCACGCUGACAAACGGAUCCUUCUUCUGGAGGGUCGGGCCUCGGACCACAUCUCCUGAGCGCGCUCCCGGGCACAAUAUCGCCCCUAUUCCCCCGGCCGAGUCUGUGCCAUCGGCUCUGUACCUCCGCGGUGGCAGUCUGCGUUUCGCUGAGGCGGUCGGUCUACUGCUGCGGAUUACCGUUUGAGUGCCCUGCCCAUGUUGUUCCGGCUGACUGAGGAUGGACAACGGACAGGACUGUGUUCAGAUCGGCGAGAACAAGUUCAUCAGCAAGACCUCCCUGCUGAUGCAACUGAAGACGUACAAUUUGUACUAUGAAGGACAAAACCUUCAGCUCAGACACAGAGAGGAGGAGGGGGAGUUGAUUGUUGAAGGGUUGCUCAACAUCUCCUGGGGAUUGAAGCGACCAAUCCGAUUGCAGAUGCAGGAUGACAACGAGCGAAUAAAGCCCCCGCCUUCUUCCACAUCCUGGCAUUCAGGUUGCAAUUUAGGCACACAAAGUAAGGAGGGCACCCAGCAAGUCCUACCCACCAUUGAGGUGAUCGAGGCUGAGGACCAAUCGGAGCAGUGCACUGAGAUGGAAAAGCAAAUGGCGGAGGAGGACGAGGGCUCCUCCCAGCUCCUGAGGACGAAGAGCGACGCUGGCGUUUUGAGAAGAGGCACGCGGCGGACUGCGAGCGAGCAGCGCAAAAUCAGACGUCACAGAUUCUCCAUCAACGGGCACUUCUACAACCACAAGACCGCAGUGUUUACCCCGGCCUACGGCUCGGUGACCAACGUGCGCAUCAACAGCUGCAUGACCACGCCUCAGGUUCUGCGCGUGCUGCUCAACAAGUUUAAGAUCGAGAACAGCCCCGACGACUUCGCCCUCUACCUCGUGCACACCAGCGGGGAACGCGUGCAGCUUAAGCGCUCCGACCACCCCCUGGUGCUGCGCGUGCUGCAGGGCCCGUGCGAGCAGGUCAGCAGGAUCUUUCUCAUGGAGCAGGACCUGGGAGAGGAGGUCACCUACGACGUGGCGCAGUAUAUAAAGUUUGAGAUGCCCGUGCUUCAGAGUUUCAUCACAAAACUAAAGGAAGAAGAGGACAGGGAGGUCCAAAAACUCAGGACCAGGUACAUCUCUCUCCGCGGUUUGAUUAAGAAGAAGCUACAGUGUCUGCCGGAGGGGCCUACCUGUAUGUGACCCCCACCCACCCCCCCGCCCCUGACCCCUCCGUGCUUUUUCCUUCAUCACUUCCUGCCAUCACAAUAAUUCCAGUAGAAAGCCGGUAAUUCCAUUCCUCCCAGCUCCACCCCCCCUCGACUCUUCCGAACGCUCCGAGGAACUGCAGUGGCAUUGCCUAAAAAAAGAGCAAUAAUAACAGUAUAGAGACCAUUUGUGGACCUAAGGGUUGCAAUUUUCCUAUGGCACUUUUCCUGUAAACAUACAUGGUAACAUGAGUCAGCCCAGCCAAAAACAAAGAAGAAAACUCUUCAAGCAAAGAAUACAAAGCACAUUCCACAAUAUGAACUGUCCGAUCUACUUCUGACUUAUUGGUUGAUCAGGUAAUUAUAAGUGAAGACUUAUUUUGUUUGACGUGAGCUCAGGUCAUUGAUGACCUCGCUGGAUGUCUGGGAAGGCGGACCACCAGAUUUUCCUUCCUGCUGCCAUUCGGCCACACAGACCACGCCCUUCUGGGAAUACCUGCUCGGGAAACAGGGAAUAAGAAAUGACACGUGUCCCAGGGAACCUGGGAGAUUGUGAUGUGACAUCCGGCGUUCUCCUCCUGUACUCUGAACUCUCUGGCACGCUUGUCUUCCGAGGGGAAGCCGGGUGUUCCCGUCGCACUUGCGGUUUUUAAGACGUGCCUGCUUUUCAGCUUUCUGAGUCGCCUGUCACCUUCCUCUGCCUGCAGCUUCAAAGGAAGUCAAAAAGUAGAAUCCGUCCAUUUAUGGAGCCCCUUGUACUUUGUAAAGGGAUUUUAUUUGUGGAAAUUAGCAGUUGUGACUUAUGUCUUAUGUGUAGCACAGCUAACUGCCACCACCAGAUAUUGAUUUAGAAAACAUUAGAUUAUUUUCUUUCUUUUUUAUUAGAAAUUCCCCAUUUCUUUUUCACACAACACAGUCCCCUAGAUUCUCAAACACUUAGUUAUUACUGGCUAACUGGUCUGGCUAACUAUCUGUCAAAGAAAAUGUAACUUCUAGCUACAUCUAGCUGAAAAUUGGGAGCAGAAUUUGGGAGCAGAACUGUAGUUGUGUCAGUAACACUCUCAGGAAACACUCUUAACUGGCAGUGACGUACAAUGCAAACAUCAGUGUUUUGACAUUGGUCAUUUGACAUACAAAUGUAAAUAAUAUUGGUAACGAUAAAUGUACACAGGUACACUUACACUCUUGGCACAGCUAAGAAGUGAACCGACUAGUUAUUAGACCUCCUCACACGUCUUAGCAAACUGUUGCUGUCAGUGGAGAGAUUAGAGUAUACAGUAGAAUUUAAAAUGAUGGUCACUUUUGAAGGGGAUGGUUUUAUUUUUAAUUUUCUUCCUGUAGUUUCUUUUAAUAUUGAAUUUAAUCAACACAUGUUUCUAAUGACUUUUUCUUAAAUACUUAAUUGAAUCAUUAUAUGAAUGGAUUGUAUUUAAACUUACACCACUGGUACACAGAAUUGAAAUGUAAAUGAUGUUAUCUGUGCUGAAUUCUGCCAACAUAACACCCAACUCCUCAGUUUGUUUGUGUCCUGUGGAUUUUGAAGCCUGAUUUAUUGGAAUGUCUAUUUCGUCUCUACCCAGUGAAGCACAGCAGGUUUUUAAAAAAUCUGUAGCACAAAUAAAGCUUUUCUGUGAAGGA